AUGGCUCGCUCAAUCGCGGUCGCCCUUGUGCUGCUCGCAGCUUUCGCCGCUGUCGCCAAUGCCGCAACUGGGGCUUUCACCUAUGAGAAGAGCGGCAUUGACUGGACGGGCGCGUGCGCGACGGGCGAGCGCCAAUCGCCGGUGAACAUCGUGAUGGACAAGACAGUGCAGAGCAAGAAGCGGAGCUCUUCUCGCUCGAGUGAUUACCGCACCGGAGGAGACCCACCUGCUGCAACCUCGCAUCGGGCGGACUACAAGUUGCGCUACUUCGUGCACGUGAACACGGUGGAUCCCAAGAAAGCUCGACCGUCGUUGUGCGUCCAUGCUGCGUCGUGCACCGCCCACGACGACGACUCCGCGUGGGUCAACCAGUGGCUGCCGCAGGCGCCCCUCGAGAACAACGCGAAUGCCACCAUCUCCAUCACGCCCAACUUCUGGAGCGAGAUGAUCGACGCGUCGUCCGGCUUCUGGGCGUUAUCCCGGCUCGCUCACCACGCCCGAGUGCGACGAGAUUGUUUCGUGGCACGUGCUGCGCAAGGCGCAGCCGCUCUCCGUGGCGCAGACGAUCAGUUCAUGAACAUUAUGGCGGUUUCCAACCAGGAUCGCACCGAACAACCGCAUGCCCCAGCGCUUAACGGCCGCACCAUCUACUUCCACUACCCUGCUGCGCGCCAAGUAAAUAAAUGGCUUGACUUUUUCGUGCCAUGGUAG